AUGCCUUGCAGCUAUCAUGAUGGACAGAUAACCGCUGCUGGCGGAGGUGACGUAAUUGUGAAUAAACGUCCAGGUCAAUCAGGAUUUAGUGGAAGCACACGUAAUGGUGUCACCAGUAUCAGUGGAGGACCAGACGAUGGUUUUGAUUUUUCCGACUGCAUCAACGGAUCUCCUACAAGUGGUCCGGUAGAGUGUACUUGCGAUGCGACUUGGUUCGAAGAUGCGUGUAAUAUAAUGUGUGUUGAAGGAACUUACGAUGCAGCGAAUAAUCCAGCAUGUACCUGCAAUUCUGGAUGGGUUGGACCUAUGUGCAAUUUCCCAUCGUGUUAAGCUCUACUGAGGACGACUGAAGAAAUUAUAACUUUU